AUGGAAAUUAAACUGUACGACCGCAACAACAAGCCGAGCCACGUGGUGGACGCGAGCGACGGCAACAACUCCAACUGGAUGCGAUACGUGAACUGCGCGCGGCGCUACUCCGAGCAGAACCUGGUCGCCUUCCAGUACCAGGGCGAGCUCUACUACAGGACGGUGAAGAUCGUGCCGCGCUUCACGGAGCUGCUGGUGUUCUACGGCAGCGAGUUCGCCAACCGGCUCGGCGUCGACCUGCGCCGCUACACCAAGCCCUGCGACUGCGAAUACUGUCAAGCUGAACUGGGUACCAAAAAUGAACCAGAGAAAAUAGAGAAAGGAAAAACGGCAAAUGAAAAGAAGAAAGAUACAGAAAUUAACGAUGUUAGUUCAGGACAAGUGAAACUUGUCACCAAAAAAGGACCCGCGAAGGCAAACAAACGUAAAACGCGUAAUGAAAAGAAGGAAGAAACCCAGAUAAAAGAUGUCACAAAAGGUAGUCACGUCGGAAAGUUACAAGAGCCUUCUCCGUCUCAAACAGAAUUACCAAUGAACAUGGAUGUACAAGAGAUUCCUCCUACAAAACCUGCUGUUAAUAGGUCCUCUAACAAAACGAUCUCGAAUGCGAAUAACUACAAAUGUGACCAGUGUGGCAAAACAUUUGAUGUAAAGUCAGAGUUAGAGAAACACCUACAUUCUCACAUUACAUUGGAAAAGGCUAACAACCUAAGGUCAAGGAAGGAAUUCAAGUGUAAAAAAUGCAAUUGCACAUUUGAUACUCGACUGCUUCUACUGGAGCAUGCGAAGAGCCGGCAUGGCGUGAAGUACUUCACUUGCUCUGAAUUCGCGGCAGUAAUGCGGCGACAAAUAUCUCAUUCUAUCAAGGAAAUUAACAGCGUCGGCGGCAGCAACGACGCCGCAACAGUAAUGCAGCUGCAGUUCACAUCUGAACGUUAA